CUUUUAGUGAUACCAAACAGGAAAACUCCAUUCAAAUCUAUAAAUAGACUAGCCAUGUCUGAAAUCUAUUAUGCGACCUCAACUGGUCCGGUCAACAUUGCGACUUUGAAAUAUUGGGGUAAGAGAGAUAAGGAUCUCAACCUCCCAACCAAUUCAUCCAUCAGUGUGACACUUGAUCAGGCAAAUUUGAGAACUUUAACAACCGCAUCUUGCUCAUCCAAAUUCGACAAUGAUCAACUUUGGAUUAACGGCGCAACGUACCCAUUGGAUGGAGCACGUUCUAAACAGGUUUUGGCCGAUCUACGAUCCUUAAGGAAGGAAGUCGAAAAUGAGAACUCAUCCUUACCUAAAAUUGCUACAUUUCCAUUGCACAUCGUUUCAGAAAACAAUUUUCCAACCGCUGCUGGUUUGGCUUCGUCUGCAGCUGGAUUUGCUGCUCUCAUUUCUGCAGUUGCAAGAUUAUACAAAUUACCCACCGAUGCAUCUGAAUUGAGUAAAAUUGCUAGAAAGGGUUCAGGUUCUGCUUGUCGCUCUUUAUUCGGUGGUUACGUUGCCUGGGAAAUGGGAGACUUGGCAAAUGGUGAGGAUUCAAAGGCUGUACAGGUAGCUGACAAAAAACACUGGCCUGACAUGAAAGCUGCCAUUUUAGUUGUCAGCGACAUGAAAAAGGAUGUCCCAAGUACAAGCGGGAUGCAAUUGACUGUCCAUACCUCAGACUUGUUUCAACACAGAAUCAAAGAGGUUGUUCCAAAGAGAUUCAUUGAGAUGAAAAAAGCAAUUAUCGAAAAGGAUUUCCCAACAUUUGCAGAGUUAACAAUGAAAGACUCCAAUUCUUUCCACUCGGUUUGUUUAGAUUCUUAUCCUCCUAUUUUCUAUUUGAAUGAUACCUCUAAGAGAAUCAUCAAGUUGAUCAAUUUGUUGAACGAGUCAGCCGGCAAAAUUAUAGCUGCUUACACAUUUGACGCUGGACCAAAUGCUGUCAUCUAUUACGAAGAAAAGAACGAGAAGUAUGUUUUGGGUCUACUGCACCAAUUCUUCAGCCACUUGGGUGGUUGGGAAUCAAGUAGCUUCGAUCCCAAAAAUGCUGUCAUUCCAGAAUCAUUCCCGUUAUCUUCGUUGGAUAAGGAUAUCUACUCACAAGGUGUCUCUAGAGUCAUUCUGACACAAGUCGGUGAGGGCCCAUCGGAAACAGAUGAUGUUUUGAUCAACUUGCAAACAGGAUUGCCAAAAUGAUUUAAUUAGAUGUAUAUGUUGUGUAUGUAGCCAACCACUAAUUUUCUUUGCUUUACUUUAUUUAUUCUGGUCUUCUUUGCUCAUAGUGUUAUCAGACACGUAACAAGUCUUGAAUUAUCUGUUCUCUACAAAGAAAAGUUUCAUAAUUACAACAAAUCGUCUGUCGUGUAUAAAUAGUACCAAUGACUCAAUCUAU